UCCAGACCGUCGUUUACUCCUACUGAUCGAGUUAAAGUGCCUAUAAAUUUCUUACGACUAUGAUUAACUUCUCGGAUAAGUACUUGUUAUUUUCGCUGACCGCAUAAGACAACUUGUACUUUUAGUUGUACUGCUUAUAUACUUCUUCUACCCGCUGGGCCGCACAUCUUGAAACUUUUUCGGAUUAUUUUGUGUUGGCAGAGUAGUGCUAUGAAGUUGUAAGUCACAACAUUCGGUUCUUAAAUUGAAGUGAGAGAAAAAAACAUCAUCAGAGCCGGCGCUGCGAAUCCACGUCGUAAAAGAAAUUUCUCCCAGUAGAUCAUCCAGUUGAUAUACAAAAGCAAAAUGAGCGUCUACCUCAUCACGCUUCCUUCCUGCCUGGUCCUGGCGUUCUCCGGCAUCUGCCUCAGCAUCGCCCGGGCCUCGGAGAUCUACCUGUGGGCGAUCAAGGACCUGCACUUUUUUAUGCAUCACAAAAGUGUAAAUCGUAGUCGUCCCCGAGGACCCGAUAAUACAUAGGAGUAAUUGGAAUUGCAUCUUCAACAGAAAUUUUGAUCGAAGCCAGGAAAUUGUCACGCGGAACCAGCUAGCAAAGAAAUGCAAAACACAGCUGUCGCCUGUCACUGUCAUGAUUGCAAUUAGUACGAGCACGACCGCCACCGCGAUAGUACACUUUUGCAAUGCAUACUCCCCUUUUUCACGGCGUUCACCACGUUCUUCAUGCUCUUUUUCCUCGCCCACGCACUGGGACAACAGGGUGGAAGUGAAAAAAUCAGCAAGGAACGAACUACAUCAAAAGCAAAAAAUAAAACAACGAAAAUAACUGCAGCAACUGCAACGACGAGCAGAAUGACGACUACGCAGGUUUUCCUUCUCCUAAGCGCAGCAACCACCUGCAGUGUGCUGUUUUUCUCGCACAAGCUCUUCGAUGAGCCGUUGUUGCAAGAAUUUCUGGAGGAAUACAACGCUACGACAAAUAAAAGACUGGCGGGCAAGACCGUUCUCAUCACAGGCGCGAACUCCGGGGUCGGUUUGGAGUCUGCGAUCUGGGCAAGUUCGGAACUGGGGAAUGCGAAAACUGUUUUUCUAGGCACCAGGAACGUGCAGAAGUGCGAGGAGGCAAAGAGAAAGAUUCUGGAGCGUUUGGUGCCUGGGGACAAAAAAUUAGAUCAAGACUAUUUUAUUGCACCUCCCGGUCGGAGUUUUGAUACAGCUACAGCUUCUGGUGCCGCGACAGUAUUGACAACUCCAUCGGAAGCUGCCGCUCUGUAUCCACAGGAAAUUUGUUUUUGUUCCCGUACACGUAUACAAACCAGCUGUCUGCAUGAUAGAACUUUUCUUCAAUCGUAUUCACAUUCAGCAGGAUGUUGACAAGUGGCACGCACUAUUAAGUCAGCGAACAAUAAAUUUGUGACGCGCUACUUUGUAUGUUAUACGUGUGGACGGGAUCAUGAACAAAUUUGUAUUGCAUACCCUGAAGGAAAAAAUCGGAGACCGCUUAAAGUGCUUCAACUUCGAACUGAUUCCGAUUGACAAGCAGAAAAUCGAAUUGGAAAUCAAGAAAACGCUCGAGAAAACGAACGUAUCAAAUGAAAAAAAUGUCUGGGUCUGGAAGAGUCAUGCUGUUUCUGCAUGACACAGAAGGUGUGGCAUGGAAGCACUAGCAUCACAGGUUUCGACAAGCUUCCGCAAUGCUGAAUCCGCAUGACGAAGCCCUCAUUUUGGUGACAGAAAGUGAGCAGCUUUUGCUGCCUAUGCAUCAGAGAUUUUUGUGUGUUCUGAAAUGCGCAUCACAAGUUGCAUUCUUCCAGACCCAGACAUUUUUACACUUGAUAGGGCGUAAAAGUCGACAUUUUAGUUUCCAAUGCGGGCUUCGCCGGAGGAAGGAAUCACCACGCCAUGUACAUUUCGCACAAAAUUUUGCAAACUCUGUUGAAAAUGAAGUCCAACCGGAACCUGAAAACCGUCACCGUCUCCAGCAUGACCGCCUGGCUGUUUUGCGCGCUUCCCUCGGUGUACUUUCACUACAGCAUUUUGCAGCCAUUUGUGCGAAAUUUCGUGGACGGCAUGUGCGGCGUGGCGGCGGAGGAAAUCAAGAAUUUGAAAGCGAAGGGACUCGAUGUUCAACUACCGGUGUUCUAUCCGCGCGUGAAAUUCUAUGAGAGUGCACAGCUUCCACCUGUCCCCUUCAUUUGUAUAGCAUGAUGAACAGCAAUAGAAGCGUCAGCAAGAGUGGCGGUUUUGCAUGACAGAUUUACACAGGAGUGUAGAAGUACUGCUUGGGCUGCUGGCAGAAUUUGUCGUGCAAACCGUGCGAAGAAGCACAGGCUGGAUUUGGUAUUUUGCAUGACAAAUGAGGGGGGCGGGGAGUAGUUGUGCACUCUGAUAAAUUCUGGCAAGUUCUCGGAGGUGACACCGAGGACGAGAUCGCGGUUCCGCUUGCGUUUGUACGCACGAGCAUAAACCUAUGGAACUGUCAGGAUUGAAAUCGACAAAGUUGAAAUAACUUGUAAUGCAUAAAACGGAUACCAGUUAGACCUACAGUUUGUAGUCGGCGCAUGACAAAUUUUCCCGGUCCUGGAAGCGAGUCUGUCAUGCGGUUUAGGGCAAAGGAGCUGCCUUCUGUCAUGCUAGUCAGCAGUCCAACUUUUGACCCUUUCCAGGACUAUAAUCUGCCUCCCGUGCGUCCUCUGCAAUAGAUUCAGUUUUUGUAUCGCAUUUUAUGCAUGACAAAUCAUUUCAACUCUGACGAUUUCAAACCUGAUACAUCCAUAAAACCCCGGGCUGAUGGAUAGUUUCCUGGGCGAGAACUUCAUGCGGACGGCGAAAAUUGGCGCCCUGCCGAUCGUGAAAGCGGUGCUCAUGCUCGCGGAGGAGCCGAACGCAACCACGGGGAAAAGUCGUGCUGUGGUGGACAAGAAAAUGGACGAAGAAAGACUAGAACCUGGAAAAACAAACUCCGUCCAAGAACAGAAACAACUACCGGACACCAGCACUACUAGGGCCUCCACGGUUGGGAGGGAGCCGACCUUAUGAACUGCAAAAGUAUCGCACUCGUAUAAAUGCAUUACAAAUUUCCUCAGCAUGAGAAAAAAAAUCUGUAAUGCGGAUUUACCUUGGAAGAAAGAUUUGUAAUGCAUGUUUGCAAUUACUACGAGUGCGAUACUUUUGCACAGGAUAGACCUGUGUGCACCAUGAUUUAUCCGUCACGAACUACUUAUCAAAUACAAAAGUGUCUGGGUCCGGAAGCGGGUACACUCGUCAUGCAGGUUUUCCAUGACCCAUGUUGAGGUCCGGAAUGCGAGACCUAGCAUGACAAACUCUGUGAGGUCUCUGCCAUGCCUCUCCUGCAUGAGAAACGCCCUUCCAACUUGGUCGAAAGUAGACAGCUUUUGGCACUCAUGCAACACAGAUUUUUGCAUGAUUCGGAGUCAGCACGACAAGUUGCUAUUUUCCAGGCCCAGACAUAUUUGCAAUGCAUACUACUGCUUCUCCGACGAUUUCACUUGGUCGAAGGGAAGCUGUAUCGAUUUUGUGGAGGAAAGGGAAAAAUUGGAUAAACUGUUCGCGGAGGAAUUUUUUUCGUAGAAGAUAACUCAGGCAGAACAGGACUCCUUCGACUUCUUCGUUUUUUUUCGCUCUACGAAGCACAAGCAAGUACUCCUUUGAUUGUCUACGAAUCAAAGCAAAUUCAGCAAGUACUUCUUGAU